UUUUAGUCAUCGUCUCGAUGUGGAGCGCGUUCGUAUACCUAUAAAAUAUUACAAUUGCAAGACUCUUCCUUCCUGGAGAACUGGAAAAACAAGAACUUGGAUAGUCUUCACUGGUCGUAAGUUGAAUCCAACGCUGCUGCUAAUUACUAUCCACUCCAAGGAAAGAAACCAGGUGCAUAAUGGGCAUGAUCUCAUCAGCAGAAUGGGUAUCUGAUUUUGAAAUGGAAGAUUCCACUUUUAUCAAUCAACACGAAAUGAGCUCUCUGGACUACUCACUUGAUGAGCUCAUUUUCUCGUCUUUCUCAUCUGAGAGUUACUCAUCCUACCCAAAUUUCACCUCGAAAACUGCAGCUGCUACACACAACUUCAGCAAAGCAUUCGUUGAAAAUCCCCAUCAGACCGGCACUCAGGAAAGGCCAGCAAAACAGCCUAAGAACACUACUAGUUGGAAAUCUUGCUCCACUGACCAUAUAAUUGCUGCCAAAGCUUCUCCUUCUUCCUCGUCACACCUAAUUUCGUUUAAGAACUCCGACUCAUCACUUCCGACCACUUCUCAGCAGUACUAUGGUCCAGAUUGCAAAGUUAUCAAGCCAAAGAAUGAGGUGGAAUAUUCCAAUGGAAAAUUGAAACUUCCAGCUUUGAUUUCCCAAGGUUCCUAUGACACCCAAACUUGUUCACCCAAACAUGGACAAGGGAUCAAGAGGGCAGCUACGGUGACUAGAAGUCCUUUACAUGCUCAAGAUCAUGUUCUUGCUGAGAGAAAGCGCCGAGAAAAGCUCAGCCAGCGGUUCAUUGCUCUAUCUGCUUUACUUCCAGGCCUAAAGAAGAUGGACAAGGCUUCGGUCCUCGGAGAUGCAAUCAAGUACGUGAAACAUCUUCAAGAACGUACGAAGGUGCUGGAGGAACAAGCAGCCAAGAAAACUGGGGAAGCAGUGGUUUUUGUGAAGAGGAUGCAGUACUCAGCGGAUGAUGAUAUAUCUUCAUCUGACGAGAACUCCGAGAGCUGCUCUGACCAGCCACUGCCAGAAAUUGAAGCAAGAGUUUCGGACAAGGAGGUUCUUAUACGAAUCCACUGCGAGAAAACCAACGGAUGUUUGACAAGAAUACUAAGUGAAAUAGAAAAGCUUGGUCUCACCAUAGUUCACAGCUGUGCCUUGCCCUUUGGCAAUUCAACUCUUGAUAUCACUGUAGUUGCUCAGAUGGAUGUUGAAUUCAGCAUGACAGUGAAAGAUCUGGUAAAAAACCUAAGACAUGCUUUGCUCAUGUUGGUGUGACCAGAAAUUUGAAGUUUUGACGUUCCCUCGGUGCCCUAGAGUUGGAGAUAAAUAGGAAUAAAUCUGACAGUUUCUUACGCAUGUAUUUUUUCCCUUUUUCGUGGGGUUUUUUUUUUUUUUUUUUUUUUUCCUCUUUUUUUGUCUUUUUCUGGCGUUCAAGACCUUUGGAGGAAACACCAGCCAUUGUACUCAUGCUGCGAGCGAGGCUUUAUUUUGCAGGAGGGUUUUUUCCUUUGUGAUUUUUGGGUGGUUGACCCGUUAUCCACGUUCGAUUACCCUCGUGAUAUAUAUGAAAACCUAGCUGGA